UUAAAAUUUUGAAAUCUGGCAAAGUAACACUUGGUCAUAUUUCAAUAUAUUGGGCAUGGCUUAGAAAAAUUAUCAACGAAUUACCUGAUGAUGAUGAUUUUUUAGAUUUUAAAGACCUAAUGUUUGAUGAAAUCGAUAAUAGAUGGGAGAAAGUUUACAAUCCAAUUUUUUCUAUUUUGCUUAUUAUAUCCAGAAAAGAUAAUGAUACAUUUAUUGAUGAAUGGUUAAUGUAUCAAAAUUAUAAAAAAAUUUUUAAAAAAGAUUCAUUAUUUAACCAUCCUAGUAUUGCCAAAUCGCCUUUAAGGUAUUGGCGAACUGUAUUAAUCUAUGCACCAAAUUUAGCUGAGUUCGCUUAUAGACUUUUUUCUAUACCACCAAACUCAGCAAUAUCUAAAAAAAGUAAAGUAGAUAAAAUUAGUUUGACAUCAACAACUAAUAUACAAGAUAAAGAUGACAAAUUAGGUAAUUGUAAUUAUGAAGUAGAUAAGAUAAUAAGUAAUUUAGAACAAGUUUUUUCAAACAUAAUUGAUGAUAUAGAGGAUUUAGAUCCAGAUAAUCGAAAUAACUUACCAACUAUCUCUCUUUUCAAAUUUUUUAAUCCUCAAUUAAUUCAUAAU